AUGUCUCAACUCAAGAGUUUCACUUACGAAGGCGCUGGCGAGUUUCUCACCAACUUUCUCCAUUAUGCGCAGGCUGUCCGUGUUGGCGACCAACUGCAGCUCAGUGGCCAGGGCGGUUGUUUCAUAAAAGACGGCGAGCUCGUUUUCGCAGAGACCCAACUUGAUCAAAUUGACCUGGCUUUCGAGAAUGUUGACAAGGCGUUGAAGGCAGCUGGUGGAAAGGGCUGGGAGCAGGUCUUCAGAGUGAACUCUUACCACACCGAAAUCACACCUGAAGUUGGACAGAGAAUGGCUGAGAAUUACAAGAAGUGGAUGCCUAACCACAAGGUCAUUUGGACGCAGAUUGGAGUCAAACAACUUGGUGCUCCGACUAUGCAGUGUGAGAUUGAGGUGUCAGCUUAUGACCCAGAGGGGGCAAACAAGGCAUAA